AUGGCACCACUUGUCUUCGUGAUUGGCGGGACGGGCGCCCAGGGCAUUCCUAUUAUCCAAGGGCUCGUCCAGGACGGCGCAUACGCGGUCCGCUUUUUGACCCGAGACGUCAAUUCCCAACGAUCAAAGCAUCUUCUUAGCCUGGGGAACGUGGAGGCUCUGGAGGGAACGUUUACUGAUGAAGACGCACUUCGGAGGGGGUUCCGCGGCGCCCGCUAUGCAUUUGUCAACAUUGACGGCUUCAACGCCGGGGAGAAGACGGAGAUGUUCUGGGCUAUCCGAGCCUACGAGCUGGCGCUCGAGGAGGGAAUCGACUUUUUUGUCUACGGAAACCUCGACUACGUCUACAAGAAGAGCGGCUUCGACCCCAAAUUCCGGACGGGCCACUACGACGGCAAGGGCCGCAUCGCGGAAUGGAUCCUGCAGCAGAACAGGGACCCGGCCAUCUCGAAACGAAUGGGCGCGGCAAUCUUCACCACGGGCCCAUACAUCCCCAUGGUCCUCGCCGCCGGGACGCCCAUGUCGCCGAGGGUCGAGGACCAAGUAGUCACCUGGCGAGUGCCGCUGGGCGACGGCGCCGUGGCCCACGUCGAUCUCGACGAUUGCGCACACUAUGUCCGCUGGCUGUUUGACCACCAGGCGAGGGCCAACGGGAUGAACCUCGAGGUUGCCAUUGACUUGAUUGACUACCGUGACUUGGCGCGGGCCUUUGAGACGGUCACUGGGCAUGCUGCGAGGUAUAUAGACACCAGCCUUGAUGAGUAUUGGACGAGCGGGCCGAUGGGCACUGGCGGCCGACCUGCCGGGUAUAAUGCUGACCCGGAGGAUCCGGCAACGAUGAGCUUGCGCGCAAACUUUACUGGUUUCUGGAAUAUGUGGAAGUAUUCGGGUGGCAAUGAGGGGGUCAUUCGCCGCGACUUUCAACUCCUCGAUGAGAUUCAUCCCAAUAGGGUGAAGACGGCUGAGCAGUGGUUCCGGCGGGAGGAGGAGAAGAGCAAGGAAUUGGGAACUCCUUCCCUGUGGGAGCGGGCUAACAACCUCAGACCUGUAUUGAAGGGUCUGGAGGACGGGCGGGAAGGUCGUCUGUAG